GCCGGGCGGAGCGGGGCCGAGGCGCGGCGGGAACGGGGCGGCGGCACGUGCCGCGCGGGGCGGCUGCGGGAGGCGGCGGCCGCUGAGGGUUGUGCUUGUAUGUGGAGGAAGGAGGUUAUACCCACUUCUUGGAAGCUCCUGACCACUCGCCAACAUGGUAGUUUUCACAUGCAAUGCAUGUGGAGAAGCUGUGAAGAAAGCACAGGUUGAAAAGCAUGUGAACAUCUGCAGAAACUGUCAGUGCCUGUCUUGCAUGGAUUGUGGCAAGGAUUUCUGGGGUGAUGACUAUAAGGAACAUGUGAAGUGCGUAAGUGAAGACCAGAAAUAUGGUGGAAAAGGUUUUGAAGCCAAAACUAACAAAGGAGAUGCCAAACAGCAGGAGUGGAUUCAGAAAAUCCAUGAAGUCAUGAAGAAGCCAAAUAUAAGCCCUAAAGUGCGGAACAUCCUGGAGCAGAUGCGUGCCUUUGAUAACAUUCCAAGAAAAAAAGUAAAGUUUCAGAAUUGGAUCAAGAACAGUUUGAGAAUUACUGACAGCACUUUACAAGAUCAGGUGUGGGAUGUUUUCUCAGAAGCAACCAGAAAGAUUUCAAAUGAAAAAGAACAGGACAAACCACAACGGAAGGAAGAGUGCCAGUCUGCAGAAACUGAGGAAAAAACAGUGGCAGAAGAAAAUGGAAUUACAGAUGAUAAAGCUGAGAAGAAAAAGAAUAAGAGAGAACGAAAAGAAGAGAGACAAAAGAACACAAAGAAGGAGAAAAAAGAUUUGAAAUUAGAAAACCAGUCAGAGGUAAAAAAGAGUAAAAAGUCCAAGAAAGGAAAGGAGAGCGUGGAGAAUGAAACAAAUGGAAAUGGCCAUCAGAGUGAAGUUGAAGAGGAAAGAAAAGUAAAGAAACGCAAACAUAAACGUGAAUUUGAAACAAAUGGAAAUGGCCAUCAGAGUGAAGUUGAAGAGGAAACAAAAGUAAAGAAACGCAAACAUAAACAUGUAGAAGCUCCAGAGGAACCUCCUAUCAAAACAAAGAAAAUGAAAACCGAAAACACCAAUGACGACAAAAAAAGUGUGGGAACUAAUAAAGGUAAAUUCAACUGGAACGGAACCAUCAAAGCUGUUCUGAGACAGGCUCCAGACAACGAAAUUUCAAUUAAAAGACUAAGAAAAAAGGUUAUAGCUCAUUUUUACGCAGUAGCUGCUGAACAGUACAAAUCAGAAGAGGAGAUCCUUGUCACAUUUAAUAAGAAAGUGAAUAACAAUCCCAAAUUUAAAGUUCGGAAGGACAAAGUGAAACUUGUGAAAUAAAAGUUUGCAUACUUU